AUGGCGAAUCUUGACGAAUCAACAGAAGAGAUAAAUCGCCGGUUUGGCAUACCCAAUCUCAACAACCGAAAAUCAACCUUUCCCGACCUCACCCUAGCUUCAUUGUCCGAUGAAGAUAUUGAUUUCGAUAAGGAUCUUGGCUUGAACCUGUCAGGGAUCCUUGACUCCAACACCAGAAACAAUUCACCUAAAAAAUCCAACAUGAGGAACUAUGGAUCCCCUCCUAAACGAGUAAGUAAUGAUUAUCAAGACCACAUGUAUAGAAUGAGGUCCAAUCCAAGCAGUCCAAUCAAGCACAAGAAGACUCCCAACAGGAGAAACUUGUUUUAUGAAGAUCUCAACGAACCCACAGAAAACUUUGAAUUUGCUGGCACUCAUGCUGAAGUUGGGGAUAUAGGAGCAAAGAAAAUCAAGGCUGCAAUUGAUGGGUUAUCUAGCAGGAAACCAGAUCAAGAUGUAAACUAUCGUGAUUUAUACAAUGACGCACAUAAACUUUCUACACAGUUGGUUGUCAAGAGUGCUGGAUUAGAAAAGGAAAAUGCAAGGUUAAGGGAUAUUGAAAGAAAGAAUAAUCAAACCAUUGCUGAGUUGCAGAACUGGGUUACUAGCUUACAAGAAAAAACCAAGAAAUAUAAGCAACUUUACCUCAAAGCUAAAAAGAAGCUUGAUGAAGUUGACCAAGAAAGAACCGAAGAAGUUGUCGAGAAAGUGAAUAUACCAUCCCAGCCACAACAGGAACGUCCAUCAUCCCGAACCAAAGAGUCUGUUGGUGUACCACUAGACGAAGUGAAGUCUCUUUUAGAAAACUUGAAUGGUUCCAUCGAGAAACUUAUAAACAAAGAUAACACUGAACCAAAACCCACAGUUGAUGAGAAGAUUAUACACGAUAUUUGUGAAGAACUUGUACGCAAAGUGAAACAUGGAUUAGACGCAACACCCACAGAUCCUGAACCACCAGUGCAAUAUUUCUCAACACAGCCAAGACCAGCGUUUACUUCCACACAAGUUCCAAAUCCUCCACCAACUAACCCUCCUAGUACUACCUAUGUUCCAUAUGCUCCUAUUCCUGAACCAUUUGUUGCUCCUGCUGCUACCACUCCUUCUACAGCAGCAGCAGCUCCACCUCCUCCAACUACAAACGUCCCCGUGCCUGCACCUGCACCUUCAUCUUCGCCUUCACCUGCGCCUGUAUCUACACAUGCCCCAGUACAAUCCACGCAACCUGAUGCCGAAGCUCCCAAAUCUACUCCUGAAGAGCCACCCAUAACCCAUGCCCAACUUAAAGAGCUCAUAAAUGCAUUAACUAACCAAAAAUUAGCAGAUCCAGUAGACGAAAAGGAUCCUCAUAUUUACGUUGAUUGCCGCCUUUGUUUCAAUGCUAAGGAUAAGUCUAAUAUCAAGGAUGGAAUUUGCAAGAGAUGCACUAAAGAAGUCAUGUCUUGUGAUACUACGUUGAAUAAAUUAGGUGGUGGUUGGCUACCUCAGUAA